CUGGGCCACAAAGGCUCGCAGGAUGCAGCAUGGUUUCAGCGAGAAGAGGUGUGUUUGGUCCGGUGUGACGAUGAAUUCAGUCCUGGUGUCAGUACUUGGAAUGGCACUGCUGAAUGCAGUGGCCCUGACGAUGGCCUCGCCGACUGAAGGCCCACGAGGUGUCAACUGUCUAAAGGCAGUGGAGAAGUGUGAGUCAAUGGAGCAGUGCCGACUGGUGCUGCACUACUACUACAAAAGUUGCCGCCAGUCAGAUACGACCUGUGUUGAAGACAAAGCUACCCAGUGCAGGGAUGCUUACACUGCCUUACAGCGUUACAUGGACAAGUGUGGCUGUGAGAACAUCGACAAAAACCACCUGGAACAGUGUAUGGAGACAGAGCACAGACUGUUCUACCAUCCCUGUAAUACACAAGUGGAGGAGGGCAAGGAAGAAGACGACAGGGAUAACACCAGACAUUACCAUGUCACACUGCCACCGAGACCCAUCACUUGCAACGAAGCAAAGACCGAGUGCAGGAACUCAUCCUACUGCAACGUGGUUUACGUCAACUUCCGAGCAACCUGUCCCACCACGCGUCACCAGUGUACCGCCGCCGUAAGGAACAGGUGUAGAGAGUCACGUGACAGGCUGCGCGUUACGAGCUUGGGUCAUUGCAUCUGUCCGAAGGGCAUGCCGGGAGAAAGAAAAUGUCGGCGUAUCCUGUCCAGAAUACGCCGAGAUCCUUGCAGACAUCAGGACGUCUUUGACUACCCCCCGGAGCCAAGGGAGGUUUUGCAGGACAAGGAGCCUACAAAAUCACCGACAAGUGAAAGCGGUAGAACAAAGAGAGGUCACACAAGCAGCUGCUUUGACGCCUUUGACCGGUGUAACUCCAACUAUGAAUGCAGGACGUCCCUCGCCCAUUACAUCCACACGUGCGAGCCGGACGACCUGACCGGGACAUGUGACAGACCGGCAUGCCUCGGGGCCAUCCGGGACCUUUUCAAGUACGCGCCCCUAAACCUGAGUCAGCCUCUCGUCGAGUGCAGAUGUGAUGGGGAUGACAAGGACUGCGUCUCUUUGAAAAAUGGCCUCCUGCCCGUGUGUGCGCGACCAUCGUCUCAAGUACCCGAUUGUUUGGAGUUUCACCGGCAGUGCAAGAAUGGUCAACACUGUCGGCGGAGUUCGUGUGGCGACAGGUUGUCCACCAUGCCUUGUGAGUGCCGUGGGAGGGGCCGUCGUCAUCGGCGCUGCUCCAAAGUGCUGAGAGAGAUGGCGGUCAACGACUGUGGAGAAAACGCCAGGAACUCAUGGACUGUUACAGCUCGACUUGAGGAAGGUACCAUUACAUCCGAUCUGCCUCCCCCUGCCUCCCGACAUGCGACAUGCCGAUUUCAGCAUUCUGUACCCAGAGCGACUACAUCUACCCCGCUCAUGAUGAUGAUCACUAACACCACAACGCGACUUGCUAUGCCAGAUACGCUGGUUGCACCACAAAGCCCGGAAGCACCAGACGAUGUGAACGACGAUGUGUCCACGCUGAAGCGACCCCAUGCGACAGGAGCGGCAACUGCUUCGUCUUUGAGUCAUUUUUCUAGCCUAUGGCGGUGCACAAUUGAAUUGACACUGACUGUUAUGUGUGCAAUGACUGUAAUGUUGAUGUAAAAUACAUUAAGAAUAAUACAAUACAAAUGCAUUGUUGCGUGUGGCCAUGUAUGGCGUAAUUGGUUGACAUUUUUCAAGAUAUACUAUACUGGAAAGCGAUUGUAAGAAACCUACACCUGUGUGAGCUAUUGUGUAUUUCAUACUUAUUCCACACAGCAAACUGUACAUGCUGAUGCUACUGAAAAUGGCGAUGGCUUUGUCAUAAGCGUAUUUGUCAGUAAGAUUUUCACAGUGUCCACAUCUUCGCUGUGUGCAGUAGGUGGUUGCAGCAGUCUGUGAUUGAAUAGACUGAACAGUCUUUAUUUCGUUGGACUGCACCAAUUGAUUUGUUUACACUUGAGCCAGUUUUGCCUUGUGGUCAUACUGCCACACUGACUUGCUACGCUUUUGGGUAUGAACACAUAGAUGAGAAAAUUAUUGACAAUUACAGUGUUGCCACUGAAUUGAAAAAAAAAAUACAAUCAUUUUGAUUUUUCGAAAAGAGCUUUGCUAUGAUACAAUCAUACUCAUUUAUGAUAGAGUAUUUGGCGCAAAUAAAUCAAAUUUUCAGGUGACUUGCAAACUGCGAAUGCCUAUUGCAAUUUGGUUCCGUCCCGUUUUUAUAUUGUCUGUCAGCAGGUAGAAAGUCAAGCAUGCAAAAUACGGCAAGAGACAAUGGCCUCUUUUAACAUGGCUAGACAAAAAGAUGAAUAAAGAAGAUGAUGAUGCACCUCAAACACUUCGUAUCAUUGUGCUCAUAUACCGUGUGCCUCAACCCGUGUACUUUACGGUGUGAUGUUUUAUUAAAUGACAAACAUGAAAAAAAA